AUGGCUGGGCCUGAGCUGCAAGGGCGUGCGCUUAUUUUGACCGUCAGUGUACUGACGUCUUUGGGGUUUAUGUUGAUUGGAUUCGACAAUGGUUUGAUGGGAGGCCUGGUCAACUCGCCUUCGUUCAUUUCGACUUUUGACGCCCCUGGAUCCGACAUGAUUGGACUUAUCGUCGGUAUCUACGAAGUUGGUUGUUUCUUUGGCUCCAUUGCGUCAGCCAUGUUCGGAGAGAAGCUGGGUCGUCGUCGAACUAUUGCCAUUGGCUCGUGGAUCAUGAUCAUCGGUGCUGUCCUGCAAGCUUCUGCCUAUGGCCGACCUCAGCUCAUCGUCGGACGAAUUGUAUCCGGCGUUGGCAUGGGUAUCAUCAACUCCACGGUGCCUGUUCUUCAGGCCGAGUUCAGCCCCAAGUCAAGCCGAGGAGUUUAUGUUUGCGCUCAGCUAUCCACUCUGAACUUUGGCAUCUUCCUUGUCUACUGGAUUGACUAUGCCUUCUCCAGCCACACCGGUAGCUAUGCCUGGAGAGUCCCCGUCAUUCUUCAAUGCAUCUGCAUCAUCCCCAUACUGUUCAUCUUGACCCUCAUUCCGGAAACCCCAAGAUGGCUCGCCUCGCAUGAUCGCCCAGAUGAGUGUCUCGAAAUUCUGGCAAGAAUUCAUUCCGCUCCCACCGAUAACAUUGAGGUGCAACGUCUUCACAACACCAUCAUCCAGACAGUCGCGUAUGAGGCCUCCAUUGGCGCUGGUUCCUGGAAGGAUCUCCUGAAGAACGACCGCAUCAAAUCCCAGAAGCGACUGCUCAUCGCCUGCGCUAUUCAGAGUUUCCAGCAGCUUGGAGGAAUCAACGCCAUCAUCUACUACUCAAGCACUUUGUUCGAGCACAGCGUCGGCUUCAGCCCCAAAAUGUCCGCACUCAUGUCCGGAUUUUUGCAGACUUGGUUCUUCGUCGCAUCGUUCAUUCCCUGGUUCUUGAUCGACCGUGUGGGCAGAAGACCAUUGCUCCUGUCUAUGAUCAGUCUGAUGGCGGCAGUCAUGGCAAUCCAAGCGGGAUUGAUCUACCAAGUCCAGAACAAUACCGCAAUCGCACACGCAGCAGGUAUCGGAGCCGCAGCCAUGCUCUUCGUGUUCCAAGGAGCUUUCACCGUGGGAUUCCAGGCUACUGUCUGGGUUUAUCCAUCCGAGAUUCUCCCAUUGCGCUUGCGCCAGCGAGGUUCAUCCAUUUCCACUGCCGCAAACUGGAUCUUCAACUACAUGAUUGUUCAAAUUACGCCUAUCGCAAUUGACCGCAUUGGCUGGAAAACAUAUAUCAUUUUCGCCGUCCUCAACACCGCCUGGGUCCCGAUCAUCUUCCUCUUCUUCCCCGAAACCAAGGGUCUCGAGCUUGAGGAUGUCGAUCGCCUUUUCUCCGGUGAGAGUGUUAUUGAAAUGCUGGAUGAAAAGCCAGGUGCUGUGAUGGCAGUAGAGGACAUCCAUGGUAGUCAGCGGGUGUAAAUAGCUAUCUUAGCACGCUGCGCAUCGUUCUACUAGUUGAGAUGAACUAGUGGAUUGAUUGUAUGAUGAAGUGGC